AAAUUUGUUCGUUUAGUGCAAUUGCUGUCAGAACUGUAUAUAUAUAUGCUAUAUCUACACGACUACACGUCACGCUGACAUGCAGUGACCUACUGCACCUACACUCAAGUGCCGGUUCCGUCAUGCUGUGGUGAUUUCAUGUCUCGCGCCAAGUGUCAUAUUCUAUCCACCAUCUUGUCCCGCUGGCGGUGUGGGCGAUCCAUCAAGCCAACGUUAAAUAAAAAAGACAAAAGACAGUUGCACCGUUCUCACUACCCCUAACCCCACUUCUUACCUGGCGAGCGCGCGCAAACCAGUGACGUCACUCACAGGUGCAAAGGAGUGGCGCUAGUAGCAAGAGGACACCUCCGUCUUCCCUUACAAACACAGCGACAGCGGAAACAGACCUCGCUACACGAGCCAAAGGUGUCCUUGCUGUUGUUUACCGGUGCGACAGCGGAAGACUUCGCGUGUGUUUGUGAUGUGAACGCAGAUGACUGGGAUUCCAGGUUAUGCGGUCUUCUUGUGCUACUGGCUGCAGUUACUGGAAAAUGUUUCCGCAUCCAACGUGCCUCUGGGCCCUGACGUGGGGCUCGCCGGACACUUGCCAAACGUGGCGGCCGUCGUGGGACCAACAGACCGACGCCAUCAGUCCGACUCCUGUCAACUCGCGGCCUCCUUCAAGGGUGGCCCCGUGUCGCCGUCCUCCGCGCUCGUGGAGUACUCGCUGACGUAUGUCCACGACGACAUGGAGGUCCCCGCCAACGACAGUCUCAAGGGUCCACUGUUCUCGUCACCGGAUGUGGUGUUUCGCGGUGACCACUGGGUGCGCGUGACGAGCAGCGCGGGCCGUAGUCUGCUGCACCUGGACGACAACUACCGCGUGCUGUCGCUGGGCACGCUGUCCAUCCGCACCACGCACGUCACCAUCACCGUCAGUGACGUCCCCGAAGGAUGUCUGAUGGAGAGGUCUGAAGAAGACAGGAAGAGAAGCAUCAGGAUAUUGUUACUCAACAGUUCCAGCACGAACUCUGGUGUCUACGUCACCGGUGCGGACAAGCUUGUCGAGGUCUGUAACCUUGAAGCUACCCGAGGAAGCAGGAACGAGGCUCAGUUUGAGUACGUCUGCUGCAGCAUGACGUCACCUCUGGAGGAGUCUCGUGCCGAGCCGGGGGUUAAUGAAAGCUCGAAGGAUGUACAUCUCGUCUGCUACACGCUAACUCACAGUCAGUGGUCGCACUUGCUGACGGCUGGCAUAUGGGGUCUGAAGGUACUCGUAAUUCUGUUCACCCCUUUGCUGAUACCACGAAACCUGUUUGGAGAAGGAUUUGCAUCUGAAACAUUUAGUUACCAACUGCCGAAGAGAAAUGAUCACCAGCUGCCCGAGACGACAGGUGCCAGCGACCAGACCUUGUCGCUCACACUCACGGUUGUGAAGGAGACGGCCACACCACGAAUACUAAAGUGUGGGUCGUUGUCUAAAGGUCUUCCGCCCAAACUCUACGUUGACAAGAUGGAAGGAGAAGAAAUGGUCCACUUUUUAAACUUUCUUGAUGGCAAAGGCAUCCAGAGGAACAUAAUGUACGAGGUGGAUGUGGACACAGUGAUGUUCUCCAUCAAGCGACGGAAACUGCUGACCAGAUGGGAGAUUCCUGUCGGCUUUUUCCAGCUUUUCUAUGACCAGGUCUUGCGUUGUCACGUGAGGCAUGCGACAGGGUUGACAGCGUGUUGCGAGGCCAACAUCUGCGGAGAGAGCGACGACAACCGCGACAACGCUUACAAGAGCAGUUACAUCCCCUGGUACAAACUAUGUCGCCUGCUAGCGCGGUUACUGUUUCUGUGUACCCUGACCUUACCCUGGGUGUUGAGAAUGAUGUUUUAUUAUGUGUAUGAACAGCAUCUGGAGGAGGACAAAAAAAGGGCCGCAGACAGGCUGGGUGUGACGUACUCGUUCUCUGGGUCGCUGGCCCUGUACCUGACACCCGGUCACGAUGUCUUCCUCGUGCUCUACGGCAUGUCCUUCACCUUCAUCCUUGCCUACGAAAUAUUUGACAGCAGUUUUCGCAGGGAUGUCAAGAAAAUACUCCUGGCCAGCAUGCGGGACCUGUACUCCGAGCGUGCGAAGAAAGGACAGGGUGGUCAGUCGAAACUGCUUAGAAAGGUCCUGUCCCCAGUGAGGCGACGCGGGAUAUACGGGCUGCCCAUGCUGUGUGUCGCGAGUCCGCUGGUGGUGCUGUACUUGGCAUACUACCUGUUCCCCAGCGUCAACCUGACCGUGCGGCUGCUCGCUCACCUGGGCAACUGACACCUUGCAGGCGGAAAAGCACCUGGCCACUGUCGUCACAGGCAGGGAAUGAGGACCCGGAGGACAGCGGCAUGAGCAACCUGCUUCGCCAUGCUGCACUCAAGCCCCGGUGGUUCCUUCCACAGGCUCUGUACGUCAUGCUGGCGCUGUUGUUUGUUUGGUCAGCGACUUUACUAGCAGCGGAAUGCCUCAGCUUUUUGGUGGAAAUGUUCAUCUACACGCUCAUCGGCCUGAUUAUCAACUAUCAGGCACUGGCCGGCUACCUGCCGUUUGUCAUCUCCGUCGUCGUCUAUUCUCGAGGCUGUUAUAUGGACGUGUACGACGUGUACAUCAAGUACCACAGGGCACUCUUCGCCAGACUGCUCGAGCCCGUCAAGACCAGGGUGCAAACUCAAGCGCGAACGAGAGAAGAGAGACAGACAAACACGGCUUUCCGUCGCGUGGGCGACAAAGCUGAUCCACCUGAAGGACUAACUAUAGGACUAGAGGGAAUCAAGAAGAACAAGCUUCAGAUUCAAUGCCAAGGACUUCUUGUCUUUCUGGACCAGUCAGACAUGGUGUACACACCAGAGGCUUUUUUUCAUCACACUUUGAACCUCAGUUACUAUGGCUGUCCCGGCCCUUUCUACAAGAGAGUGAUGAUGGCUUUAGCAAAGCUCUCGAAGCUUAUCAUCUUCCUUUUCUUUGCUCUAGUCAUCGUCAUGAUGUUUGGAGAUGCUGUGGAUCUCAGUUUUACAAACCAGUUCUUGUUGUCGGCUGCUGCCACUAGCCUGCCGUUCUUACAAAAGCUGUUUUUAAGACACGACAACGACGCCAAGAGCGACUACUGUGACGAGGAAAUUCAGUUCUCGGCAGUUUUAGACGAAGCCAUCAAUAACUUCAAGAUCACAUUUCCGGUGGAGGACCUCGUCCUGAAGGAUGUACGUCCUGUGGCACCUGGAUGUCAGGUAGAAGACUGUAGCAAGUCGCAGUUUGUGCUCUGUGUGCCGGGCUAGCAGCUCAGCAACAUCCAGCUUGUGGUGUGUCACAGGUGCUCAUUCCAAAAUAUCAAAUGGAUUAAUAAUGAAUGUGUUUUGCAAUGAUUAUAUAACAAUGUGAUACAAAGCAGCCAAAAAGUGCACAAAAACGCCAAAGGUUCAAAGAUCUAUGACAAUAUAUAAAAUAUAUGUAAGUAUGAACCAAAUUUCUGUCAAAAAGAAUUGAAAAACUGCAGUGAUUUGAGCUUUAAUAAAUAGUUUUAAAAUAAGUAAAAUCCAUGAAAUGAAGUAUUCCAGGUUAGAUUUCAGUUUAUGGUAUUAACUACAAACUUUUUUAAAAAAAGAUGAAAAUUUUAACAACUUGUACUUUUGUAACCAAGAAAAGGAAACCUGCAUAAAAAUAAAAAUUCAGUAAAUGCUGAGUGGAUUAUUCCAUUUCGUAUGUUCCAGGUUAGAAUGGGAAAUAUAUAUAAUAUAUAGACAGAAAGAAGGAGAGAGAGAGCAGGUCAAAGACUGAGCACAGCUCUAAUAACAACUCAUUACAAUCGUUUAUGAUAUGUCUUGACUGUCUGAUCUCAGUUCUGCUAAAAACAUCCUUAGCAGCUGUGUUGUCCUCAAAUACAGAGAUUCUAGAAUUGAGGUGCCUACAAUGAUAUAUGAAGCUUCAGCAUAACUUUCAGUAAGUUCCAGUAAGUAUUGUUCUAGGAUAGAAACACCGUUACUAAAGUCUGGUGGCUCAUAAAACUGAGUCAGCAGCUGGUGAAUAGUUGUAUACGAGGUACACGUCUAUAGUAGUAUUGCAAUAGUCCUUGAGAUGUUAAUAACUACGAUAUUGUCAAAGUUCAAUUAUUUUUGUUUUUGGUAAAUCUGCUAGUUUGUGUUUACUAAAAACAUUAUUCCUCCUGAUCCGCGACCCUGGGUAGAUAAUGUUUAUAGCAGGUUGUGCAAAGGAAUCCUAGGACGCAAACAAAUCGCUUUCGAAGCACUCAAGUAUCCACAUUUUCAUAUGAAGUCCAGCUUAGUUACAUGUGAGAUCAGGUCGCUAACAGUCAUUUUAGAAAGCAGACUGUCAACAUUCCACGAGAGAAAUAAAAUUAACAUCUUAGCUUGUGUGAAAUUAUUGGUAGCAACCGAAAUGUCUGGACCGUUAAGGCCACUGCCGAGUCCUCACCUCGUGGUAGGAGUUUCUGCGGCUCCGUCUAUUAGGCUAAGAGAGAGAUGCUGCAAACACAAAACAACAACAACAACAACAACAA